AUGGACUUGUAAUCUUUUUCAAUGUUUAAAAGAUGUCUUUUUUAAUUCCUGAAGGAUCUUAGCUGUUGCCUAAUGGCCUUAACUCAGCUCAGUGUAGAAGUUGCCUUCGAAUUACAUAUUUACAAGGGCUAAUUUGCAUAAAUUAUCGAGUUCCACUCAGGGAGACCCAAGGCUGAAUAGAGAUCCUCAUAUGAUGAUGACUUUUUAUUGUUAAUUGUUAGUUCCUAUUGUUUUAGCUUUCAGAUAUCAACAAAUAGCCAUUUGGUAAUGACCAAACACAAUGAUGAAAUACGCUGUUCACAGUUAUGUGACAUUGAUUCUUCUCUUGUCCUCUAAAAACCAGUUGAAUUUACAUUACUUCUAUUUUGCAGUUUUAUCAUUUAUGCAUGGAAAAGUCAUUACUUUCUACCUAGCUGUUUAUAAAGUGUUGUGAUGUAUGUUUCUGACUUAUUUCUCAGAACUAGAGGAUUCUCCUGCCGUCUUUGGGUUCAAGUCGCUGAAAAUGAGGAACCAUGAAUAUGCUGCGAAUUUAUCUCUUUUAGGCUUACCUUGGCACCACUUGUCAUAAAGGUAGAUCUAAGUCUGAAUGCAAUUCUGACAACAUGCCUGACUGUUAUGUUGGCUACUACCAAUCAGUAAAGGAUACACCACCAUCAGAAACGAUGUCAAAUGAACAUGCUAUGUGGUUUCCUUUGGUUGGGAGUGCAAUGCUUUUGUCAUUGUUCUUGCUCUUCAAGUUUCAAUUAAAAGAUUUGGUGAAUGCUGUGCUCACAUGUUACUUUUUUGUGCUGGGGAUCAUUGCUCUUUCAGCGAUAUUGUUACCUGCAAUAAAGCAAUACCUUCCAAAACACUGGAAUGAAAACCUCAUUGUUUGGCAUGCUUCAAUUCUCCACUCGUAUCUGGGUGAUUUGAACUGGAAUUGGGGUGAACAGAUGAGUGUUUGAGCGUGAGAAAGCUUUAAAUUCCUUCAAGCGAGGUUGGGCUCCAAUCAUGGUAGCUACAUAUGUGGCUGCUUGUGGUCUCGAUAUCCCUCACGUGGCUCACAUGAUCAACUUUGAUCUCCCUAAAGACAGAUGACUACGUGCAUCGAAUUGGCAGAACAUGCAGAGUUGGCAAAUCCGGCAUAGCUACAACAUUCUUCAACGAUGGAAACCAAUCAGUGGCCAAGUCUCUAGCUGAGCUCAUGCAGGAAGCAAACCAAGAAGUCCCAGAUUGGCUUGUAAAGUAUGCUAAAAGAUCAAGUCGAAGUGUGUUAUAAUUAUUGAUGAACAUGUUUGUUAUAAUUAUUGAUCAAGUCGAAGUUUGUUAUAAUUAUCGAUGAACAUGUUCAUUGGUAUUUUCAUGGAAGGAUAAGUUUAUUAUUGAA